GCUCAACAAAAGGUGGAAAAAGGUGUCUGCCAAAAAAACUUAUAGUGACAAAGUGACGUAAAGGUAGUAAAAUAGCGAUUAACAAAAAUAAACAGUCCACAUUUCCAUCUCCUUUUAUAUCCCCACUGCAGGAAAGAGUGUGUUUUUUUUUUACUUUUGCCAAGGUGUUAAUAAUUCAUAGAUUAAGAAGGUGAAAUAUAUAAAACUAUAAAUGAGAAAAAGUGCCAAAAAAUAAAGUUUUGGCUCCCUCACUCACAAAGACAUGAAAUUAAGUGUUUUAUAUGACUGUAGAUUCAUUUUGAAAUUUUUUAGUGUAGAUUUUUGAAUGUUUUAAAUGGUUUGUUGUUGGUUCCCAAAACCUAAUGUGAUUUAUUUUUAGUUUCCUGAUCACAAACUUUGUUUGGUUUCUUUCCUGUUUAACCUUACAGGUACAUACUAAAUCCUUUCAAAAUGCUGCAGUAUAAAAACUAAAGGAAGGCUCUUUAAAUCAUCCUGGGAACAAAAGCUGCUUACAGAUGGGAAAGUGAUAUGACAUAGCGCUGCACCAACUCAAGGUUGUGCACCGAGGCUGCUCAUUUUCCUCCCUGCAGUUCUGCAGAAUUAACUGUGUUUGCCGAGGAUUGCAUUUCCACUAAGCCAGCAGAGUAAGUUUAGCCGUUAUUGACUCAUGGACUUGCGCUUAGACAGGGAAAGUUGUAGAAUAAGAAAAAAAGGAUGUGAGGGGAAAAUAAAGUUUUGUUUUCUGGUUUUCCAAGCUUGGAUUUCUGAACCGUUUGGGUUUUCUGAAGCACCAUCAUGGCUCAAGGCAGCUACACACUGAGGCUUGUUUCAGGUCCAAACGCUGAAGAAGCCAUCCCGACCCAUCUUGGUGUUGAUUAUAAUUACCAGUUGGACAGAUUUCAAAAAGGCGCCACCAUUAAACGGCUAAGCCUUAAGCGGAGGCCCAGAGUGGUCCUCAGUGAUGCAGAAAAGACAGUUUCCUCUAGUCAAUGGCAUUCUGCUGAGUCCUUGUCAUCGUCCAGCAGUGAUGACUUCAGAUUGUUGGGCAUGUCUUCUUCAGCGAGAGGAAGACCACCUCUUCCUCCAUCACACAUUUCCUCACAGGACAGUAAAAUCUUCAAUAGUGAAGACCCAAGUCCUUCUCGGAUCCCCUCCGGAUCAAAGCCCCAAUCAGCUCCAAGAUCUUCACAGAGUGGCGUAAUGGAAAAGACAGAGACCUCAAAGCUCUUGAAUCAGGAUGUGGUGGGUCAGACACCACCUCAGCCUCUUCCCCGUAGACGGUUAGCCAGCUUUGGAGGUGUAAGCUCCCCAGGUUCAGUCUCCCCUUUCACAGGUCUGAACGCAUACAAUCAGAGCAACAACAACCAUUCAUCUGAUGCAGAUGUCCACCUUGGCUCAUCUCUAGGAAGUAGAGGUAGCACAGGCUGCCUGCAGCUAAGCCCACAGAGCUCUGGCAGGAGCACUCCAGUGUCGGGUCCCAUGCACCUCCAACAUGUCCGUGACCAGAUGGUGGUAGCGCUGCAAAAGCUGAAGGAGAUGGAGGAGCAGGUGAAAAUGAUUCCUGUCCUCCAGGUAAAGAUCUCCGUUCUGCAAGAGGAAAAAAGGCAACUUUACUCUCAGUUGAAGAAUCAGAAUGACAACGAAAAUAUAAACAACUUGAUCUGGAACAGAUCGUGUGAUGUGGAAAUGACUGACAGUGAGAAUGAUAAAGGUGCUGAUGAAGAACUGGCAGAUCCUGGAAACUUCAAGGAAGUGAGGCAACUAAGUGAAGAGAUGGACGCAUUGGAAAAGGCCAUCAAAGAGGGACCUUUGCAAGUGUGGCAUGGUAAAGGUCCAAUCUCCGUGCAAGGCAAGGCUACCAAGUCUGUUGCAGUUGGAACUGAUACAGAUAUGGUCCCUCCUAAACCUUCAAAGGUAGAUAAAUCUGUGCACACUGAACAGGUGGAGACAAGAUCCAUAGCAACAGAAGUUUCUGAGGUUAAUCUAGGCAUUUAUGCUGAACAGGAGGCAGAGCUUAUUGCCCAGCAGCUACUGAACGGUGCCUUAAAGGAAAGAAUUUGCCACUUAGAGGCAGAGUUAAAAGAAUCAGCUUUCCAGAUAGAACUGACUCGUCUCAAAUUGGAGCUUCAUGUUGCAGGCGCCAGGAACCGGGCUGACAAGGCCUGCUUGGCCAGGCCGUCCACCGCAAGUAUCGGCACAGAAAUCAAGCCAUUCACAAAAAGCCAGGGAGCCGGUAAUCACACGGAAUUUCGAGAUGCAAGCACAGGAGAGGCAACAGGGGUAAAAAAUGUGGGAGUCUCUUGUGGACCAAAGAGGAAAACUGUAUGUGUAGGACCUGAUUUCCCCAUGAGCCACUGGGAGAUACGGGAGCGAGUGGAGAACAAAGAUGCAGCUGUGGGGAUUCAGAUUUUCACUAACACCCUUGGAGUAGGAACAGAGAUGAAGGUCCGUGAUGCUGGAAGCAACACAGAAAUGCCAGCUGAGAACAAUUGGUUUAAGAAAGAAAAAGUUAAAUGUCUCUCAGUAGGUUGUGGAGAUUUUUCUAUAAAUGACAGUGCGGUAAAGGACAUGGUUUCUAAGUCUGUAACAACAGAUCUUAUCAGGGGAGUUGAUCUGGGAAUCAUGGCAUCUCCUGACACAUCUUCACAGCGAACCAACACUGUCUCAAACCUAGUGUCUCGCUUCACCAACACCAGACAAGCGUUCAUUAAUGACUCCAGCACAAACACACUGCUCAGCACGCAGGACAAGCACACCAACACUACCCACACUUUGACCCGGACAGUGUCUGUCGGCAGCAGGGUCAGGGACUUCAUGUGCACCACAGAAUACAGAAGCGUUGGUGUCAAUACUGUAAGCCUGCAUGAAAGUAUUUCCAGAGACACACCCGAGACCGUGAUCAAGAUAACCCGAGACUCUGGAGUUGGCUUUACAAGCAUUUAUGAGAAUUUUUUGGUUGGACUGAAAACUCGGAACAUGGCCUCUGGACCAUCCCAUCUUCCUGAUCCGGUUAAGACGAAGAGCGUUGGGGUUGGAGACGGGAGGGUACAGGAAUUUACAGUUACAUCUAGUACGUCUGGGCAUACAACGCAGCAGUGCCAGAGAGGCCAUGAGCUAAACCAUUACAUAGACAAGUUGCAUAGGCUCCUGAGUGAGCACGGAGACCUGCUCACGGGAGUAGGAGUUGGCAACAGCACCUCCAAGACGGUGCAAAGCGGCAACACUAUGUCUGAAGAAGGAAAAGAAAAGCACAAACGUUUUUGCUCUGAACCAACGGAAUUAAUCCGAUCAGAAAGUUGUCAUCUGGAUUUUGUUGCUGCAAAACUGGAGAUGCUGCCCACACCUCAACCCUUAGAUGAAGACUGUCAGAGCACAACCAACGAAGCAGAAAUGUGCCAUCGGAGCAACUCUGAGGUGAAAAGAAUGAUUCAACUGUUAGAGCAGCAGGCGUCCUCCGCAGCUCUACAAGACAAGCCAACAAACAUGUGUAAAUCUGUGAUAAAGAAACCAAGCGGUGACCAGAGCUGCAGCAGCAACAGGAAGAACAUGAAGUUUGUGGAAGCAGCAACAGGAUUAGACUUUAUGUUAGUACAAGAGCAACAAGAAAGAGGAGAAAAUGAAACAUUUGGGAAGUUUUCUCCACAAGGACACCAAGCGACAAAAGGGAAAGAAGGGUUUAGCAAGCGAUUAAAAGACACAACUAAGUUACACAAACAACAGAGGUACAGGUUAAAUGAAAAGAUGUUUUCAGCUUGUCAGAUUUUAAAGGCACAUCUGAGCGAAGCCACACCCCUGUCCAACAAGGAAUUGCAGGAGUGUCUUCACACAAUCAGUCAGGAGUGGUUCUCUGUUUCCAGCCACAAGUCAGCUUCUCCCGACACAGUUGACAAGUACUUAUCAAUGUUUGAGCUCAUUUCAACCUCGGUGCUGCAGCACAUCGCCAACAUGGCUGACGGCAGUGGAAACACCGCUCUCCACUACAGCCUUUCUCACUCCAACUUCGAGGUUGUCAAAAAACUGCUGGAUGCAGGGGUGUGUAACGUGAAUCUGCAGAACGCAGCAGGUUACACCCCCAUCAUGCUGGCUGCCCUCUCAGCCGUGGAAAAUCCAGACCACAUGAGGGUGGUGGAGAAGCUCUUUGCCGCAGGAAACGUCAAUGCUAAAGCCAGCCAGGCUGGUCAGACUGCUCUCAUGUUGGCUGUGAGUCACGGCAGGAGGGACAUGGUGGAGACGCUGCUGGCUCAGGGGGCGGAUGUCAAUAUCCGCGACGAUGAAGGCUCCACGGCGCUGAUGUGUGCAAGCGAGCAUGGCUACGCUGACAUUGUGAAACUGCUCCUGGCACAGCCAGAGUGCGAUGCCACCCUGACUGACAGUGAUGAAAGCACGGCCUUGUCCAUCGCCUUGGAGGCGGGACACAGUGACAUCGCAGUGCUCCUUUACGCUCACACUACUUUCUCCAGACAGACAGGGGCUGGUGCUCGGCGCAGCGGCAGGUUCUCCUCAUCUUCAGGAGGAAGAAGUGUGUUUGAGUGAAGGAAUGUAUCAUCAUAAACGGGUGCUUGCUGAAUAUCAAAGUUUAAACACCUCAAGUCUUUAGUUAGCUUCUUAAAGAUCCACUUUUAUUUAUGAUUAUGCCAAAAUCGUGUGACAUUUUCUUGGACCUAAUGGCUGCAGAGUUCUGCAGUAGUUCAUUAGAAGUUUGCUUCUGAGUUGUGGGCGUACCAACCCCGCCCCCAUUCCCUUCCCUGUUGCUGAGAGCUCAGAGCAGGGAGCUUUUUGCCUGUCCAGUGUAUUUUGUACAGAACAAAUAAGCACUUUUUCAAACAGCAUGUUUUCAUCUGUCCCUGAUUCACAACGAUUUGAAUAAAGAAAUAGUCAGAAAUGCAGUUUUAACCCUUGUGCUAUCCUAG